CCAACGACAAAGUUGUUUAAAUAAAAUUUUCCUAGUUUUUAAUUUAAAUAUUUAAUCGAGUUUAAAAUAAUGGAAACCGAUCAUGAUGAUAAAAAUGUUGACGAAGCAGACGAUAAUGAAAUUCCGGAGACUGGGCUGGGUACCUUUAUAAAAGAUUCUACCAAGACCAAAAAAGAGAUGGACCCAGAAUAUGAAUCAAAACUGGAAAACGAUCGAACAAACAGAUUUGACUACCUGCUCCAGCAGACUGAAUUGUUUGCUCACUUCAUGACGACUGGUGACAAUGCCAACAAAAGUGGAAAAAUGCCAACCAGUCCACUCAAGAUAAAAGCUGGCCGACCAAGAAUGAAGAAGGAUGAAAAAGUUAAGCUAAUAGAAGCUGGAGAUCAUAGACAUAGGCGAACCGAGCAAGAGGAAGAUGAGGAAUUAUUGUCCGACAUCAAGAAAGCCCAGGCUAUUACGAGAUUUGAUUCAUCACCAUCCUACGUGAAGGGUGGGGAAAUGAGAGAUUACCAGGUAAGAGGCCUCAACUGGAUGAUUUCACUAUAUGAGAAUGGAAUCAAUGGUAUACUGGCCGACGAGAUGGGAUUAGGAAAAACCCUCCAGACAAUAUCUCUGUUGGGGUACAUGAAGCACUAUAGACACACAUCAGGACCCCAUCUAGUCAUCACUCCUAAAUCAACCCUUGCAAACUGGGAGGCCGAGGUCAAAAAAUGGGUUCCAACCCUGGUGGCCGUCUGUCUGAUUGGUGGACAGGAUGAGAGGGCGAACCUAAUUAGGGAUGUGAUCCUCCCCAGCGAGUGGGACGUGAUGAUAACGUCGUACGAGAUGGUCAUUAAGGAGAAGGCCCUCUUGAAGAAAUAUAAUUGGAGGUACAUGAUCAUCGACGAGGCGCAUAGAAUUAAGAAUGAAAAAUCCAAACUGUCGGAAAUAGUUCGCGAAUUCAAAUCAGCCAAUAGGCUUCUACUUACUGGCACCCCACUUCAGAAUAAUUUGCACGAACUAUGGGCCCUACUUAACUUUCUUCUACCAGAUGUCUUCAACUCUAGCGAUGAUUUUGAUUCAUGGUUCAACACAAACACGUGUCUGGAGAACGCACAGCUGGUCGAGAGACUACAUGCUGUUUUGAGGCCAUUUCUUCUUAGGAGGAUUAAAUCGGAGGUUGAGAAGAGAUUACUGCCGAAGAAGGAGACAAAGAUCUACAUUGGCUUGAGUAAAAUGCAGAGGGAAUGGUACACAAAAAUCCUAAUGAAAGACAUUGACAUCGUGAAUGGAGCGGGAAAAACUGACAAAAUGCGUCUGCUAAACAUUCUAAUGCAGCUGAGGAAGUGCUGCAACCAUCCCUACCUAUUCGACGGGGCCGAACCUGGACCCCCUUACACUACUGAUCGACAUAUAGUCGAUAAUUGUGGAAAGAUGGUACUGCUCGACAAGUUGUUGCCCAGAGUUAAAGAACAGGGUUCUAGAGUGUUGAUAUUCAGUCAGAUGACCCGUAUGUUGGAUAUCCUGGAAGAUUACUGCCUGUGGAAAGGAUAUGAGUAUUGCAGGCUUGACGGUCAAACACCCCAUGAAGAAAGACAGGAAUCCAUCAAUGCCUACAACCAACCGGGCAGCACGAAAUUCAUCUUCAUGUUGAGCACUCGAGCUGGUGGCCUGGGCAUAAACUUGGCCACUGCUGACGUUGUCGUACUCUAUGAUUCUGAUUGGAAUCCACAAGUCGAUCUCCAAGCCAUGGAUCGUGCCCACAGAAUAGGCCAGCUGAAACAAGUUCGAGUGUUUAGAUUCAUUACCGAUCAUUCCGUAGAGGAGAGGAUCGUCGAGAGAGCCGAGAUGAAAUUGAGAUUGGAUAAUAUCGUUAUCCAAGCUGGUCGUCUGGUAGAUCAGAACACUCACAAGUUAGGCAAAGAUGAGAUGCUUUCCAUGAUCAGGCACGGGGCAGAUCACGUGUUCGCCUCCAAAGACAGCGAAAUAUCCGAUGAAAAUAUCGACGCCAUACUAGAAAGAGGAGAGAAAAAGACUGAAGAAAUGAAUAAGAAACUGGAUGAGUUGGGUGAGGGUACGUUGAGAACAUUCACGCUCGACCAGCCGACGGAAUCUACUAGUUCUGUGUAUCAGUUUGAAGGCGAAGACUACCGCGAGAAGCACAAGAUAUCGGGCAUCACUCAUCGCUGGAUUGAGCCACCGAAGCGAGAGAGGAAGGCAAAUUAUGCCGUUGAUGCCUAUUUCAGAGAGGCCCUGAGGGUCAGCGAGCCCAAAGCACCCAAGGCACCCAGACCACCUAAGCAGCCGACGGUUCAAGAUUUUCAGUUCUACCCUCCACAGCUGUUUGAGCUUUUAGAUAAGGAGAUCUAUUUCUUCAGGAAGAGCAUUGGAUACAGGGUUCCCAAAGAUCCGGAUCACGGAGCGGAUGCCGAAAAAAUUAGGCGGGAAGAGCAGAAAAAGAUAGAUGACGCUGAACCUCUAACUGAUGAGGAAAUUGCACUGAAAGACGAAUUACUAAGACAGGGCUUCUCAACUUGGACAAAGAGAGAUUUCAAUCAAUUUAUAAAAGCCAACGAGAAGUACGGCAGGUCUGAUCUGGAAAGUAUUUCUAAGGAAGUCGAAGGGAAAACCCCGGCUGAAGUAAUGGAAUAUGCAUCGGUCUUUUGGGAACGUAGUAAUGAACUUCAAGACAUUGACAGGCACCUCGCACAGAUUGACAAAGGAGAACAUAAGAUUCAAAGGAGGCUGAGCAUCAAAAGGGCUCUCGACCUCAAGAUCGCACGCUACAAAGCUCCAUUCCAUCAGCUAAGGAUAUCCUACGGCACGAACAAGGGAAAAAAUUAUACGGAGGAGGAAGAUAGAUUUCUUAUCUGCAUGCUCCAUCAUCUAGGAAUAGACAAAGAAAAUGCAUAUGAUCAACUGAGAGCGUCCAUAAGGCAGGCACCUCAAUUCAGAUUUGAUUGGUUCAUCAAAUCAAGAACUGCCGCCGAACUGCAAAGGAGAUGCCAUUCCCUAAUCACGUUAAUAGAACGAGAGAACGCCGAACUGGAAGAGAAAGAGAAGCAGGACAGAGGGAAGAAAAAGUCGAGCCACGCGGCAUCAUCAUCUUCCUCCAUGAAUGUUGCUAAGAAUUCAGCUGCUGCUGCUGCUACUGGCGGAAGUGAUGGGCCCAAUCAGGCUGUCCAGAAAAGAAAAGCUGCAGAUUAUUCUUCUGAACCAAAGUCCAAGAAAAUUGCUACCUAGAUGAUGAUGAUUAUGACGAUGUAAUGAUAUGAUGAUAUGACGGUUGCGAUAACACGUUUUAGUAGCUUUGUUUUUUUUUCACUUAUUUUUAUAAAAUUAUUUUUAAUUUCAAUAAAAUAUAAAAUGCUUUUAUAGGUCAGAUAAAUAAAAUUCAGUAAAUCAGUCAAC